UUGUAUCUGAAGAGAGAUGUCAAACUUGAAGGAAUCUUUGGGAUCUUAGGCCCAUCAAAGAUUGAUCAUAUCUACUUCUUUAUAUUAAUCCUCCAUACCCAAUUUAGAGAGAAGGCUGAAGCUAGCUGUUCAAUAAUUGUCAACUUGUGCAAUAUAUGAUGUUUCCUUUACACCAAAGCAAGAAGCUGGUCUUCCAGACUUCAUCUAAUCCUCCCCAAAAGCACACAAUUUCAGAAGAUCGGAUUCUUGGACAUGCCAUUAGCACAGGGAAAAGCCGCCGGCGGAAAUUAGUAGCUGCUUUCAACUAUGACAUGAUUGAUCACAAUUCGAAUGAUCACAACAAGAAGAAGAAGAUGAUGAUGCAUAGGGAAAACGAAAGACAAAGAAGGCAAGAAAUGGGUACCCUACAUGCCUCACUCAGAUCCCUACUUCCUCUUGAAUUUAUCAAGCAGGGAAAGCGUUCGAUAUCUGACCACAUGAACGAGGCUGUGAACUAUAUAAAACACCUUCAGAGUAGGAUCAAGAGAUUAGAUGCCAAGAGAGCUGAAUUGAAGAAAUGUUCCAAUAUAAUGAGCACCACUGGCACUGACCAUGGGGCUACUACUGGAAGCUCAGAUGGGCGUUCGCCAAGCUGUUUGACGGUCCACCCAUGUUGUGGUGGAGUGCAAAUCGUGAUCAGUUCUAGGGGCUUCAGAUCUACAAAAGAUGGCUUAUCCUUAUCCUUCUCUAUCUCAAGGGUUCUGGAAGUGCUGCUUGAACAAGGGCUUGCUGUUGUUAGCUGUGUUUCCUCCAAAGGAAAUGACAGACUUCUUCAUACUAUCCAGUGCGAGGUAAAUGAUCUUGAAAGUAUUGAUCUUUCUGGCCUGGAGCAGAAACUAGCCGAACUAGUGUCUCCAUUUUCAUCCAGAUGUAUAUCCGAGUAAAUUAAUUUUAGUAUAUUCAUUCGCGUGGAGUAUGCUGCCUCGAUCUUAUUUCUCGUUAUUAUAGCUAGUAUUGAACUUGGUUUAAUG